AACAUGUCUAGACAGUGCUACUUGCCUAGUGGAACGAAAAUGGAUUGGAACUAUAUACCCUGCAACACCACGGCCAUUGAGGAUGAUAAACACUCUGUCUGCUGCGCCAACGCCGAUCUAUGCCUCGACAACGGCAUGUGUCGGACAUCCUUCGACGACGUCAACCACUAUAAUGCCUAUUGGAGAGAAGGCUGCACAGAUCCUACGUUCCAAGAUGCUGCAUGUCCAACAUACUGUACUGAAAGCCAGAGAAACAGAAGUAUCAACAUCGUAAUCCUCAACUGCCUGAAUCCAAAAACCGCGUGGGCUUGCGUGCCGAAAAGAAACGAUGAACAGGCAUAUCAGCUCUGGCUGAAAUACCCAAAUGGAUGCGACGACCCGGCCUUGACAUCCAUUACUUUCUCCGCACCUUGGCCUACGAUUUACACGACUGCGAAGCUGGCUGGACUAUCGAAGUCAAGUUCUGCUUCGCAAACGAGUCAGAGCCUCUCGAGUAACUUGACAUCAACUUCACCAUCAAGUCCACCAUCAAGUCCACCAUCAAGUCCACCAUCAAGUCCACCAUCAAGUCCACCAUUAACGUCACCAUCAACCUUGCCACUAAGCGCGACCGAUCUUCCCCCACCCCGCCCUUCAUCCGCGCUCAAGAUCGGGCUUGGAGUAGGGAUCCCCUUGGGUCUGGCACUACUCGCUACGAUAGGAGUUGUAGCAGUAGUGAAGCGCAGACGACCCAAGGUGGACUCUUCAUCCGCGCUGAACAACGAUAAGAAGCAUAUGGAAGCUAGAUGGAAUCGAAACGAACUUGACACUGAAGUGCAAUUGCAAGAAGUGGAAGCUGAAGCGCCUCUGCAGGAAAUGGAAGCAAGAGAGCCGCUAGCUGAAUUGUAUGGGUCAUCAAAUGACGACAGAAGGUAG